AGGGGACAAAAUGGCACAGAAACAGUCAUUUGUGUUCCUGAGACCUGAGCUAUGAGUGUGGUCCCCAUUUUUAUUCAGCUUUCUAUCUUCUCCAUCUUCUUACUCUUCACUGUAGUAAAUAGUAGCGGGAAGGGGAAAGCCUACUUUGUAGAGUUCUGAUAAACCACAGCUAGAGAACCCACCCUGCCCACAAACCAGACAUGCUUUUUUAGUUGCAAGAGGAACAAAACACAAAUGGGAUCCUGUUGUUAUAGCCCUUCCCCUUCAAGUUCCCAUCUUUUAGUGACUGACUUCUUCUCUUGGGGUUUCAAGAGCUCCAAGCUUCCAUUUUUGCAAAAAAGAAGGUUUGAUAGGUCCCAAAGAGCUUCAAAAAUUUGUGGUUACCAUGGAUUGAGGACCCCUCCUUAUAAGCUUGAUGCUUUAGAACCAUAUAUGAGUCUGAAGACACUGGAGAUGCAUUGGGGAGGACAUCAUCGAAAUUAUGUAGAAGGAUUGAACAAGCAGUUGGAGAAGAAUGACAUACUAUAUGGCUUCACCAUGGAUGAGCUUGUCAAAGUAACAUAUAAUAACGGAAACCCCUUACCAGAAUUCAACAAUGCUGCCCAGGUUUGGAAUCAUGACUUCUUUUGGGAAAGCAUGCAACCUGGAGGAGGGGACAUGCCCAAACUAGGUGUUCUUCAGCAGAUUGAAAAGGAUUUUGGUUCAUUUACAAAUUUCAGGGAGAAGUUUGUAGAAGCAGCGCUCACACUAUUUGGCUCUGGCUGGGUUUGGCUUGUUUUUGAUCAUCUAAACAUCUCUAGUGUAUGGUGGAUGGAUGUGGUUGAUGAAAUCAUGCUUGACCUGCUUCAAACAAGGACAUUCCUGUAUUUAGUGAAGAAAGAAGAGAAACGGCUUGCAGUAAUUAAAACAUCAAAUGGCAUUUGCCCACUAGUAUGGGAUGACAUACCAAUCAUCAGUUUAGAUAUGUGGGAGCAUGCUUAUUAUCUGGAUUACAAGAACGACAAAGGGAAGUAUGUGAAUGUGUUUAUGAACCACCUCGUUUCUUGGAAUGCAGCAAUGGCGCGCAUGGCCCGUGCUGAGGCUUUUGUGAAUUUAGGCGAACCCAAAAUUCCCAUUGCUUGAGAUGUUUUUAGACCAAGAAUCUGCAGCUGAAUGGUGUUAUUAUGAUUCACAAGCUAUUUUGAGUUAAGAGGUUAGGAGUUCCCGGUGAUCAAAUUAGUUAGGGAUUAUGUUAUCUGCAUGAUAUACUUUGUAAUACCGUUAACAGUGGUUGCCCAGAUGAUACCCUAUACGAUGCCCCAAGUGACUGCAAUGCAACAGAUGCAGAGUUGGAAAAUAAUUGCAUGUUGGGUAGUUGGUAACCAACUAUACAAUGGUAGUUGGUGUUUCGUUAUGUACUGAUUUUCUUUUGUGUACCCAAAAAGAGAAGGGAAAAUACCGAGGUGCAAUUUUUAUUUUAUUUUUUGGGCUUAAAAAAUAGGUAAGGUUGUAAGCAUGUAAGGGAUGACAGCCAGUUGGGGAGACCAUAUCUGGACAUGAUCAUUUUUUCCCUUUUCCAAGAACAAUACUAUCUCAUUUAUUUUGAGGUAAAAUAUUUUCAGGUGUUUGGUGUGA